AUGCCCAAGACGACGCGCAGGAAGGGCAAGGAAAAGCGAGCCGCACCCACACCCAAGCCCAAGGUGCCGGAUGACGAGCCGGCAGCACCGCAGUCGGCGCCGCCGCCAGUCAUUGUGGACGACAAGAAGUGGACCACGGGCGACUUUACAAUUGUCAGCUCUGACGACGUGCGGUUCCGCGUCGACUCGAUGGCUCUCUUCGUCGCGAGCCCCAUAUUCCGCGAGGCGAGCGAAAUGACCUCGGGUGAAAAGAUUGUGCACCUGACCGACCCCGACUUUGAGACGGCGGUCGUCGUCCGCACCUUUCUCAAGUUUGUGAUCGAGUUUGAUCUCCAGCCCAAGGCCCGCCCGUUUAGCGAGUCGCUCAUCCCGGUCGACGUCCCACCGCCCGUCAUCUUCCUCGCCUGCUUCAUGCACAAGUACGACUGUCACCUCGAGCUCCGGCGCUUGCAGUACGUAUUCGAAAAGGAGCAUCGGUACGACGCGACGUACUCGCGCGACCGGUUCAUCCUCGCCGCUCUGGCAAAGAGCAUCUCUGGGUGCGCGGGAGCCAUCGAGGACGCGGGGGCCAAAUUUCUCGGCGUCGCGAGUAACACCAAUUCCGGCGGCAACUCGUACAAGGACACUGCCCCGCUUAUCCCCAAGAACAUGUCCAAGGCGAUCAAGAACACGAUUCCAAACGAGUACCUUGCUGCGCUGGUCAAAGGCUGGGAGAAGAGUGGAAAGGACCGCAGCCGGUCCGAGUGGGCGAGGCAGUUUAGGAUCCACUUGAAGGAAUCGCAGACGGCAGCUCGCACCGCUCUGCCCACAAAGAGCGCCUAG